AGAAGAACACGUCCAAAUCCGACAGUGUAUGAAAGAAAGAAAAUCCCAUCUCAGUUGAGUUCACAUUGGGGACAUAACUUCACAUUUUUUCACUCUUAGCUUUAGAAAAAGUAAAUCUAGACAUUGAAAACAGUAUCCUAAACCAGAUCUAGACCUUCUUCGAUUCCACAAUUCCUUGCUGAAAGAGGAGUCCACCUCUAAAUUUGCAACCGUAGUCAUUGCAGUAUCAGAAAGCAUCGCCUAGACAGUGAUAUAGAUAAAUGGGAUCUAAUCAGUCAUCGCAAUUAGAAGACGAGGAAGAUGAAGAAGAAGGAGAAGAAGAACGAGAACACGAAGAAAACAAUGGUAGAAGAAGAGGGAUAAAUGGAUUAGGAAGGGAAAGUGAGGAACUAUUAGAUAAUCCAUCGUUGAUGAAGAAAGUAUUACAACAAGAACCAGAAAUGUUACCAUGUCAUGCAUCAGCAUCACCAUUAUCACCACAGCUAUCAACAAUAGGUACACCAAGGUUAGGACCAUCAAUUAAAGUAUGGGAUCCAUAUAAUGUAUUAGCACCACCACCACCGCCACCACCGUCAUUACAGCAACAGGCAUUUUCAAGGAGUUAUUCAUCUGAUGGACUAAUAGAUGAAGAUAGAUGUGGUGUUACUGAGGUUUUUUUGAUUUGUCAUGGUGAAUGUGGACUGAAUUUGAGAUCAGAUUUGGUUCCAGGGAGAUGGCCAGAAUCCAGUUUGACACCUAAUGGGAAACGGCAAGGGAGAGCUUUAUCGGUUUUUCUUAAUUCUCAAGGGGUGAGAUUUAAUGAGGUUUAUUGUUCUCCGUUGGAUCGAGCUCGGACUACUGCUAUCUCAGUUUCCAGGGAACUGAAUUUCACGGAGGAACGAAUACAAUACCUAGAUGAGCUUACCGAGAUGAGUCAGGGUCAGUGGGAGGGAUGUCUUCAAUCAGAGAUAUACACCCAAGACACAAUGAACAUAAUUGAUAGAUUCCAGCCUGAUUUUUGUGCACCGUCAGGAGAAUCACUUAGGCAUGUAGAAUUCCGAAUGAUGCAGUUCCUUAAUGUUACAGUUCUUAAACUGGAUGAGAGACUGAGGGAUAUAUCAAUGCGCCAACAGAACGAGGGUAAACCAUUUUCCCCUCAAAACUCGCAUUUUUUGCCCAAUUCAUUCCAUGACCGAGAUGGACCAGGCGUUCCAUCAUCACAAUCAGAUCUGCUUUAUAGGCAACGGCAAGGUCUUACAAGGAAAAAAUCAGGUAAAAGCAGGCUACAGUAUGUAACAAAAAUUGGAGAUCAUGAAAACGAGGACGAGGGUUCUCCAAAUGAACCAAACAACCUAGACCAUUCACUUCAAGAUGGGAAUGUCAGAAGCUCAUCUUUUUCCAUUGGUGUUUUCACCCAUGCACUGCCUAUUAAGUGUCUCAUCACUGGGAUACUAGGGUGCGGCCCAUUGAUGCUGCAAAAGAUCUGUGUUGAUGAUUCCUCAGUCACUGUAUUACAACAUUCAGUAAGAACAGGUUGGCAAAUAAAGAGACUGAAUGAUACUGCACAUCUCAGGCUUCUGUAGCUGUGAACAAGAGAAGAAGCCUCAAAAGAUCCCACGGAUAAGACGAUCCGGACAGAUCAUUUUGACGAGUAAAAAGAAUAAGAUCGACACACGAAGGUGGUCGAUCAGUUCUUUUUCGCUUGCCUGGCGCCACUUAUGAACUUAUAUUUCAGUUUACUUUACCAGUAUUAACUAAUCACAUUGUAGAGCUGUCAAAAAGAAUGCGAGUGAACCAAUUCCUCCUUAAAAGGCCUUUGUAGGAGUUGCAUCUAUAUGUUUCUGAGUGAAUCUUUUCAUUUGUAGAAUUCACAGAAUCGUUUUCUGUAUCAUGAAAUUAAUUUAUUUAGAAUCUUUUUUUGCCA